GUCAGAUACUGUUUCCGGUGCAUUGAAAUCUCACAGUUAUUUCAGUUGUGAGUCUGAGACGUGAUUGAGAUGUUUGUCGCCAAAUAUACUAUUUAGCAUAUGUAGAAACUGUUAGCUAGAGACUAAGGUAGAACACGUCCACCACAUUUGAUGAUUUUGAACUAGUUUGGGUUUCUGAACAGGAUAUAAAGUGAGGGCCAGGAAAUGUCCAUAGCGCAACCCAUUCAACCACCACCUCCCCCGCCCCCUCCACCUGGACCACCCCCACCUGUAGCCACUAAAGUACCCAGCAAAAAGAAGCUGUAUCAGGCUAUCGCAGCAGGAAAGGCCCCCGUGGAAGGCGAUCAUACAGAGGCCAGGCUGCUGCUCACCCAGAGAGAAAGUAGCUUAAGCAAAGACCUGCAGUGGAUAUUGUUCAACAAGUAUAUACCUUCCCUCAUCCAAGACGGCCCUCAGUGUGGUCUAGUUGCAUUGUGGAUGGCAGCUAACCUACGUAAUCCCCCCUUACAUGUUUCCAUGGAAACUGUAGUCCAAACAGCGGUGGGCAGGGGAUACACUGCCCAAGGGGAGAUGUUCUCAGCCCGUGACAUGGCCCUACUGGCAGAGGAGGUGUGUGUGUGCAGGGUGGAACUCCUCUCUGGGGGAAUGGGAGGAGACAACUCCAGAACCAUCUUGACACAUCUGUGUGAGGGACAGCCUGUCCUCGUCCCAUACGACGAGGACUUGAACCACGAGCCAUGCCAACGCAGUGGACACAGGGCGCACUGGGCUGUGGCCUCAGGUGUUUUGCUCGGCCUAGCCCCGGGGACUGUGAACAAAGAGCACACAGAACCAGACCCCACCCUGCCCUGGCUACUUCUACCCAGGGUCAGCUCGUUUCCCUGCCCCAGCCCAGGGAUCAGGGAGGCCUACAUACUGGCCAAGCAGGGGAAGAGCCUGCGUUACCAGUUGUGGAGCCUGGACAGCUUGGCCCAGAGUAAUGAUCAGCUUAGAGAGAUGGCCCCCCUGAGGGCUGGGGAUGGUACCCCAUACGUAGUCCCCCAGGAAGGGGUGGAGGGUGGUCUCUCUGGCCAGGUGGUGCUGCUCUACACUGGGGCUCUGACACAGUGAUCAGGACUUAAAGGACAUGCUGUGGGAUGUACUAGGUGCUGUUUGUUGAGUGUGUUCUGCCUACCAAACAACAAUGCAAGUUACUGUUCUGGCAUUCAGAUAUAUUAUCAGGGGUUUCACACACUAGAGCUUGUAAAAAAGUACUGGACUAUGACACCAAAGAUGGUGACAACCAAGCAGCAUUGUUUGAAAAUACCACAAUGUGCCUAUUUAAAUCCAGUAAAGUCAAUGUGUUAAAAUGAACCUUCAACUGGAAGGAGUAUCCAAAUGCACUCGUUUACAUUCUGCAUCAAAUAUAAUCAACUGCUAACAUAUUUUAACAGGAUGAUACAUCAUUGUGUCUUUUGAACAUUAGCGACAAAGAAUGUGAACCCCGGCUUGGAGCAGAAAAUACAACAAUUCCUAAGAUCUUCAUUCCAGUUUAUUGCAAUCAAUGGUGUUCUAGACAGAGACUCAGUCCACCCCAUCAGAACAGUGUGUUCUCUUCCCAGACAGUCCGCAGAAUUCUGAGAUGCAACACAGGGGUUAUAAAAGCUACAAAAAUACCUCCGUACCCCACGACCCUGACACACACUGGCCAGUUCCCAGCCCGACCACACAAACAGUAUGAAAACAGUCAGCUGGCUAUUAUAAAGAUGAGGACACAUAGAAAGACAUAUAAUACUUAGUCUGUAAACAGAAAAUCAUUCCAGAAAAUUUACUUUUGUGGUGUAGGUCCAGAGAUGAUAUUCCAGCUCUAUGAUGUCAAUGCUGACAUAUGCACCACAUUGAACACAUUUCUUUCAAAAAGAGGGCUACCACACAGGUGUGUACACACACACACACAUCCACACACACAGAGAGCUGUGCGACACUGUGGAAGAACAGAGUACAGGAAGACUUGGACUGGAAUGUUAUCUGAAUGACCAAAACAUUGGAAAGAGGUAAGCUCUGACACAAAUCAAUACCAUGGUCACAUUUGGUCAUCAGCAUGGGCUUCCACUCACCUCAGUCCAACCCAGUUCUUUGUGGUCGAUGAAAUAAAUUGCUUGUCCACAGUUGUCUAACAGACAGUUUUCUCCAUUAAAAACAACCAAUAACACAAAGAAAACUCCCUUCAAAUCAAUUAUUCAUCCAGUAAGACUCAUCAUUAAGCUUAAAAUAUUAACCUGUUCCAGUUUUGUAACACAGACAGCCACACAUGCCAUUCAGUUUAGGCACCAAAAAUAGUUGCAUGGAACUGAAUAUCUAAGCUGAAUCAACCUUAAUUAAAUAAACACAAUUACUAACCAUGAGCCCAGGACACACCAGGUAGUUAAACACACAUACAGAGCUUGCUUUGUUCAAUGGCUUUUUGCGACAAUCAUCUGCAAUACACUGCAGUCCGGUCAUGGCCAGAGUCAUGGGCCCAAUAUAAAAGGAAUGUAAAAGAUAGAAAGGCUAUUUGCCAUUUUUUGUAUUUUCUCGACCAUUUACCAAGAGAAAAGUGGUUUU